AGCAUGGACAGCAACGUGGUGCAGAUUUUUAAGGAGGACAAAUGCCCCUCAUCGCACCCCGAAAAGUGUUUACCCAACUUCACAUGGCAGUCUGCGGUCUCGGACAUUUAUAACUAUUCACUGAAUGAAAGCUGGACGAACGAGCAGGAAACUAUGUCGCCUAUCAUUCCGAUCAUCACUGCCGUGUAUUCCGUUGUGUUUGUGGUAGGACUAGUGGGGAACUGCCUGGUGAUGUAUGUCAUUAUCAGAUACACUAAAAUGAAAACCGCCACAAACAUCUACAUCUUUAACCUGGCUGUUGCCGACGCCUUGGUAACCACCACCAUGCCCUUUCAGAGCACAGAUUAUCUACUGAACUCCUGGCCGUUUGGAGAGGUGGUGUGUAAGGUUUUCAUCUCCAUCGACUACUAUAACAUGUUUACAAGUAUCUUCACCUUGACCAUGAUGAGUGUGGACCGCUAUGUGGCCGUCUGCCACCCCGUCAAGGCCCUGGACUUCCGGACACCGAUGAAAGCUAAGAUCAUCAACAUCUUCAUUUGGGUGCUGUCCUCGGCUGCUGGGAUCCCUGCAAUGAUUCUUGGGAGCACUCAGACAAACAAUGGCACUACAGAAUGUGCUCUGCAAUUUCCAGACCCGUAUAUCUACUGGGACACAUUGAUGAAGAUCUGCGUCUUUAUCUUUGCCUUUGUGGCUCCUCUCGUCAUCAUCACGGUGUGCUAUACGCUCAUGGUCCUGCGUCUCAAGAGUGUACGUCUGCUGUCGGGCUCGCGAGAAAAAGACCGCAACCUGAGACGCAUCACCCGCCUUGUGCUGGUUGUGGUAGCUGUGUUUGUGGUGUGCUGGACGCCCAUACACAUCUUCAUCCUAGUCAAAGCUCUUGCGCCCGGAGUGCCGGAGACAACUGCGGUCAUGGCUGCUUACUUCUUCUGUGUGGCGCUGGGAUACACCAACAGCAGUCUGAACCCCAUCCUGUAUGCUUUCCUUGAUGAGAACUUCAAACGGUGCUUCAGGGACUUCUGCUGCCCAGGUCGGAUGAAGGGGGACGGGCACGGGCAUGGCGUCAGUCGGGUCAGAAGCACUCUUCGCGAGCACACGUGCCCAGCAGAGGCCAAAGGUGAUGGGGGCCAGGGUCGACCCGUAUGACUAGCCGUGGAGCUGUCAUCCUUUCACGGUCAAGAGGACUCAAAUGACCUGGGGCUGACACAGAUCACCACCACCAUCUGAGGAAGAGAUUGUGCCCUUUACGUUCAGAAAAAUAGGCUAACUAUUGAUAGAGCAAAAAGGGAUCUUUUAGCAAAAUCAUU